AUGUUUAAGCAAGUCCGAGAUUCAAACAGAUGCAUUGUUAUCGCACAAGGUUACUACGAAUGGCAACGUAAAACCACUAGCCAACCUUAUUUUAUCAGUCUGGGUACAGAUUCAACUCCUGACACGGAUGAGCAAAUCGGUAUUAAAGCAAAUCAGAGUUCCACUAAGCUUAUGUAUAUGGCUGCAGUAUGGAUGCCAUCCAAAUCAUCAACAGAAACACCUACUUAUGCGCUUGUCACAACUCCUGCUGCUCCAUCGUUGGAAUGGCUACAUGAUCGUAUGCCAGUGAUGCUGCAAACUGAGGCAGAUCGUGCACUCUGGAUGGAUCCAAGUAUAAAAUUCACCAGUGAUGUCGCUGCAUUAAUGCGACCAAUGCAUUCUGGACUUGUAUGGUUUCCAGUCUCGACGAUGGUUGGUAAAAUUGAAACAGACACUCCCGAAUGCAUCAAAGCCAUCACUGUUGCAACACCCAAAAAAAUAGAAUCGUUUUGGACUUGUCCGCCUUGCACAGAUACAGACAAGAUUCACUCCAGAUCGCUCGUGUCUGAUUUGGCAGCGUCUGAUACAACGUAUUCAACUAACCGGAACAUAUGUAAAAAUAGUCCUGCAAAAAAACAAAAGCUUGUUCAUGCGUCAUCCUCCAAAUCAAAGGCCAAAAAAGAUCCCAUGACUACCAAACGUAUUACAGAUUUCUUUGGUAAACCCACUGCAUCUCUACAAGACAAGUAA